GUAAAAAGCAGUCCCCGAGUUGGCAGAAAGCAGACAAACGGAACCCUCUGGAGUUAGAGAGCGGUACAAAGCGCUGAGAUGGUUGGAGCACGGCAAGAAAUAAAACUGAAGAAAUACAGAUACCUGAUUGCAUUGGUCAUCAUUCUGAUGGUAGUUGGAGUAUUAGUAUUGAUAACAAUACCUGUGGUGCAGAACAGGUCACUACCAAAGAAACUGAAGUAUGGAAUAGUGCUUGAUGCCGGUUCCUCUCACACUGCAUUGUACAUCUACUCCUGGCCAGCUGAGAAGGUGAAUGAUACUGGUAUAGUUACAGAGGUGGAUUCCUGCAAAGUGAAAGGACCAGGCAUUUCCAGUUAUUGGAAUGAUAUUGAACAGGCCGGCAAAUCCCUGAAAAUGUGCCUCGAUAAGGCUAAAGAGCGAGUUCCUGAGAAACAGCAGUACGUGACCCCAGUGUAUCUCGGAGCAACAGCUGGCAUGCGCUUACUGAGAUCACAGAACCAAGCUCUGGCUGAGCAACUUAUGAAAUCAGUGCAAGAGUUCAUUAAGACUUAUCCGUUCGAUUUCCAAGGGGUACAAAUUAUAACAGGACAGGAAGAGGGAGUGUUUGGAUGGAUUACUGUCAAUUAUCUAAUGGAAAACAUCGGGAAGGUCAAUGCAGGAGGAAACCCUGAAACAGUGGGGGCGCUGGACCUGGGCGGUGCCUCCACGCAGAUUACAUUUGUUCCUGGUGAGAAGAUUGAAUCCGAGGAAAGUGCUCUGAAAAUGCGUCUGUAUGGGAAGAGUUACAACAUAUACACACACAGCUACCUGUGUUAUGGAAAGGAUCAGGCCCUAAAACUGCUACUGGAAAAACUGGAGAAUGGACAAGGGGAUAAGGCUGUGGGGAGAAGAAGCAGAAUAAGCCCAGAAAUUACUGACAAUGGAACCAUUUUGAACCCCUGUUUUAACAAAGGAUACAUAAGAACAAUCAAUGUGACUGAAUUAUUUAAUAGUCCAUGCACAUCUGCACAGCACAAUAUAAUUCAGCAAAUGGUGAGGAUCAUUGGGACAGGGAACUUUGACCAAUGCGAUCGCUACAUCAGAAGCAUCUUUAAUUUCAGUGUUUGUACCUGGAGCAGCUGUUCAUUUAAUGGGGUUUAUCAGCCAAAGGUCCAUGGAAAAUUUGGAGCAUUCUCUGCAUAUUAUUUUGUGAUGGACUUUUUUAAUCUGACAAGUGAAAAGCCUUAUGAUUUGUCCACAGCACAGCAGAGGGUGAAGGCAUUCUGUUUGAAGCCAUGGGCUGAGGUUAGAAAUUCAUUCUCAAUAAAUGAAAAAUAUCUGAGUGAAAACUGCUUUGCUGGACAAUAUAUCCUCAGCCUCCUGCAGAAUUACAAUUUUACCUCCAGUAAUUGGAAAACAAUCAUGUUUUUGAAAAAGAUUAAAGGAACAAAUGCUGGUUGGACACUUGGAUACAUGAUGAAUCUUACAAAUAUGAUCCCUGCAGAACCGCCUUACACCAAACCCCUCACCAAUGCCUCAUAUCUAACAGUCAUGGUCAUCUUCUCCAUCUUCGUCUUCUUUCUGCUACUCGUUGGAUUUCUUAUUUUUAAGAAAAAAAUUUUCAAAGCACAAGAUAAGUUGUAAUUAAAUUUACAAAUACAGUAUAUGCUUGCACCAA